ACCCUGCAAAUUCAUUCAGCACGGGUUGUAUCUUCAAGCUAGCUGCAGGCUCACACGCUAGCCAGCAGCAUGUGUAACGAAUUAAUACGUCGGUCUUUAACUUAAGUUCCACAGCAGUAACAAUAUACGUCAGUAGCAGUAUCACUUCGUGAAUAUAAGUGAGCGAAAGGACACUUUUUUGGCGGGUGCGGUGGUAACGAACGUCUCGUGUUAUGGGAGAGAAACGGAGGUCAGAUGAGCGGUGGGCAGAGAGUGACGAGCCUGCUGCUGCUGUUAUGACAGCUCUCCUGUGAUACUGUAGUACUGAUCGACUUACAUUACAGUCAUGCCUGGGAAACUAAAGGCAAAGAUUGUGGCGGGGCGUCACUUACCUGUCAUGGACCGAGCCAGUGACCUCACUGAUGCUUUUGUGGAGGUUAAGUUUGGAAACACAACAUUUAAAACAGAUGUAUGUCCCAAGUCCCUCAAUCCACAGUGGAACUCUGAGUGGUUCAAAUUUGAGGUUGAUGAUGAGGACCUGCAGGAUGAACCAUUGCAGAUCACUGUUUUGGACCACGACACCUAUAGUGCUAAUGAUGCCAUAGGCAAAGUUUACAUUGACAUUGACCCACUACUGUGCAGUGAGGCUGCUUCUGUCAUCUCUGGCUGGUUUCCCAUCUAUGAUACCAUCCAUGGUAUUCGAGGGGAAAUCAAUGUCCUCGUCAAAGUGGAGCUCUUCAAUGAUUUGAACCGCUUCAGACAAUCCUCCUGUGGUGUUAAGUUCUUCUGCACCACAUCUAUUCCACGCUGCUACCGUGUUGCGAUGGUGCAUGGGUUUGUGGAGGAACUCGUGGUGAAUGAAGAUCCGGAAUACCAGUGGAUCGACCGUAUCAGAACUCCCCGGGCCUCCAACGAGGCUCGUCAGAGGCUCAUCUCCCUUAUGUCUGGAGAACUGCAAAGGAAAAUUGGGCUUAAGGUACUGGAGAUGGGUGGGAAUGCAGUGGUGGGCUACUUGCAGUGUUUUGAUCUGGAAGGAGAGUCGGGUCUUGUGGUCCGGGCCAUAGGUACUGCCUGUACACUGGAUAAACUCAGCUCUGGAAGUGCCCCCAACACCACCACACAUGUGCAUCCUAACACAGCCCCUGCUUCUAAUGCCUGCAAUUCCCCCUCGAAGGAUGGAAAGGAGCCGGUUUUUGGUGAGGAUGUACUCUCGUUCUCUGGCCCACCCACCCCUUUCAGAGCCCUCCCCACCUCCUCCUCCUCUCCUCCCCCCUUCUCUCCCUCCAAGCCAUGCAGCCGCCAGUCCUCAUCAUCAGACACAGACCUCAGUUUGACGCCCAAGACGGGUAUGGGCAGUGGAGGCAGCGCCGGCAAAGAGGCGGGACCUCUGAAGACCCUGCUGCGACAACAGACACAGACAGCUCUUGAACAGAGGGAGUUUCCAUUCUUCACUUUAACAUCUUUCCCACUGGGUUUUCUGGUCCAUGUCGGUGGAGUAGUCAGUGCCCGCUCCGUCAAACUACUGGACAGAAUACACAACCCUGACGAGCCAGAGACUCGUGAUGCCUGGUGGGAGGAAAUCCGUCAGGAGAUCAAGUCUCAUGCCAAAGCUCUUGGCUGCCAUGCUGUUGUGGGCUACAGUGAGAGCACCAGUAUCUGUGAGGAGGUGUGUAUCUUGUCAGCGUCGGGCACAGCAUCCAUCUUGAAUCCCAGAUACAUGCGUGAAGGUUGCCUAGACAUCGGAAACACUGAUCACAGGUUUGAGGAGCCGUCACCUCCAAGCUGUGGUUUCUGUCACAUCCCGUAUGAUGAGCUGAACAUGCCAUUUCCCGCUCAGCUCACAUACUGUCACCACUGCAGACGACAAAAGGUUCCUGAUGUGCUCUUCACAACAAUUGACAUGCCAUCUGAAGCAGCCGUCUCAGGGAAAGGCUGCCUUAUUCAGGCCAGGCUGUGUCGUCUGAAGAAGAAAGCCCAGGGAGAAGUGAAUGCUACGGUCAUCUCCAACCUGCUGCCUUUCAUGGAAUACGAGCUUCACACUCAGCUGAUGAACAAACUGAAGCUGAGGAACAUGAACGCUCUGUUUGGCCUACAGAUACAGAUCAGUGUUGGGGAGAACAUGCUCCUGGGUCUGGCUUCUGCCACAGGAGUGUACCUGACAGCAUUGCCGGCACCAGGGGGAAUUCAGAUUGCAGGGAAGACUCCUAUUGACCUGAGCAAUGAGCACCACAUCCUCACCAUUCAGAAAAGGAUCAAUGACACUAUAGCCAAGAACAGAGAGCUUUAUCAAAUCAAUCCUCCGAAAUUAUUUGCCCUGGACCCCGAGGUGUUCGGCGGCAUAAACAUGGAACUGACUGAGGAAGUGGUGGGUUCUCCAAUCCCUGAGCCGAGACAGCGGUCCAGACUUUUCCGCUCGCACUCGGAGAGCUCAGAUGAACUGUCAGAGCUGGACCUGUCCCACGGCAAGAAGGAUGCCUUUGUCCUGGAGAUUGAUGACACUGAUGCUGUGGAGGACAUCCACUCUCUCCUCACUGAUGCCCCUCCCCCAUCUGGUUUCUACAGCUGCAACACUGAGAUUAUGCCUGGGAUUUACAACUGGACUUCAGCAGUGCAGAUGUUUACGUCAGUGAGAGUCUUUAGGUUGAGUAAUGUCAAUCUUACGAACCAAGGCUUGAACAAGAUCUUUACUGAUUUGUGUGAAAAUCUGCUCAAGAGUUUUUACUUCAAGUUGCGCUCCAUGAUCCCUUGCUGUCUGUGUCAUCUCAACUUCACUGUAGCAGUGCCAGAGGACGAACUCAUACAGGUUGCAGUGACAGCAGUUGCCAUGACCUUUGACAAGGACCAGACACAGGAGAGGACAGCAGACAAGCCUGUCACCAAAGGGUGCAGUGAGACUGAAGAGCAGCUGCAGUUUCCCUUGGAGUUGUUUGCAGACUCAUCAUCCACCAACACUCAGACAUCAUCCAAAAUCUCAGGUGUCCCAGAGAGUACCGGUGUCUCACCCAGAGCUGCCUCCGUUGAUUACGGUUCCUUUGCAGACAGAUGCAGCACCUGGCUAGAGCUGCUUAGGCUGAAAGCUCACACCAUAAGACGAGGAUCAGUUAAGACAAGUAGGAGGACACAGUCUCUAGCACACUCUGCCUCCUCUUUGGAUCGCUGCAGUCCGUUGCCUGAGGGACGUUCCAGAUCGCUGCGUUCCAACCGCUCCUUUGGGGGCGGUUCCGUCACCGUGGUGAAGAUGACGCCGCUCUCUUUCCUCCCUGGGACACGCAUCAUUAAAUAUCUGGGGAUUAUCAAUAUGUUUUUCAUCAGAGAGACAACAUCCUUGCGGGAGGAAGGUGGUGUUAGUGGCUUCCUGCAUUCGUUCAUAGCAGAGGUGUUUGCGAUGGUGCGAGCUCAUGUAGCAGCCCUAGGCGGUAAUGCAGUAGUGUCCUACAGCAUGAAGGAGUGUAUGUUAAUGGAAAAUCCACAUAAGAACCAGGCUCAGUGUCUCAUCAAUGUGAGUGGGGAUGCAGUCAUCUGUGUCUUGGAGACGGACCAGGAGCCCAUGUCCUCAACAACAAGCAUUGGACAGACCUGCACUAGUGGAGCCACAUGACACUCAGUCUGAAUGAAUCCACUUAACGAGCCGUCCAAAUGAGUCUUUAAUGCCUGCCUUACAAUUCUGUGGACACAGAUGACAAAGAACAUUUACUCACACAUACCCUCAAAAACAUCUGUAUUAAUAUAAGAUAGUUCCUCUUUGUAUUCUUCUAUUUAACGAGAGCAUUUCUGCAUGGAAAACCAAUGUUAGAGUAUUUAGCAUCAUCAAUCUCAGCUAUCAGCCAUAUAUUUCUGCCUGUGUAUUGCAGCCGUCCAGAGUGGGCUCACCCACAGCUAAAACGUCAGCCAUUCCUUUGUGUUGCACCAAUGACGUGCUAUGGCAGCUAUGACUCAUACUGUCCAGCCACGGAUCACAUGAGGCAGGAAAUGGACAGGCCAAAAGGGACACGGGUGUGACUAGAAAAAAAAAAGCAUCCAGUCUUUCCCACAGUGUUAGACCUGAUCAGACCUGGUAAUAACAUUCAUCCUGAGUGUCUGAACACUCCUUCCUCUGAGCCAACACAGAGACGGAGAUUGUCUCCUCAGCUGAUUUCCACCAGUUUGCUGCAGUUUCACAGUAUUUUUACACUUAUCGGUGAUCAUACACCACUGCCACAAUAUUAACACUGAUUCGCACAUGAUUUCUUAUUCUAAUUGUUAAAAUGGUAAAAAAAAAUAAAAUAGUUAUUUGAAUAACUGCA